UGAAAAUCCUUCUAAGGUCUCAUCCACAUGACUGUCCCAGCCGCGGGCCCCAGAACGCGGGGCAGACGCAGGACACCAUCGAGCUGCGGUCCUGGUCCUCCGGAUUUCCUAGAGCGGAGAGCGCGUGCGCGAGGAGGGAGCGGACCCCGGCGGAUCCCAGAAGGUGCUGGGGAGCGUUCGGCUCCUGCUGUGGGUCCCUAGCGGGCGAGUGGUGACUGCUGCGAGCUGCGGAGGAACUGCGCCCCAGGGCGAGGAAGCAUCUCGUCCCCUGUGGGCGCCGAGAAGCCUUUCGCGACAGAGGGCCGCUCAGACUGGGUGUCCGAGGCAGGAGGUAUCACUCCUGGGCCUGUGAGCCGGUGGAGCCGGAGCUGUGGAUUUCCAUCCGUAAAGCACAAUUUUAAUACGUAUUCAAGGUAAGCCGUAGAAGGUCCUAUUUGAGCAGAAACCUGAAGGAGGUGGGUUUUGGCGGCAUCAGCUUUCUAGGCAGAGAGAACAAGUGCAAAGGCCCUAAAGCGGGAGCGUGCUGGACAUAUUCGGGAAACAGCAGGGAGACCAGAGUGUCGGAGCACCGUGAACAAGGUGAAGUGUGUGGAGAUCGAUCUCGCAGAAAUCGGGGGGGAGGAGAGGCUGAAGAUAAGUGGGCAUUGUAUUGUGUAAGGAAUUUGGUCAUUUCUUGUGAAAGUUUUUUGGAGGAUUUUGAGCAGACGAAAAACAUCUGAUUUAUGUUUUAAAGCGUUUAUAGCUGGGAACUCAUGAUGAGAAUAGACUGUAGAGGGGCAACUAUGAAAUCAUAGAAAUGUCAAAGUUAGGAGACGAUUGCUAGUAAUUCAGAUAGGAAAUAAGAAUAUUUUAGACUAGUAUUAAGGUAGAAAUGGUUAGUGGUGGUCAGAUUAGUGAUCUACCAUGAUGGUAGAGCCAACAGGAUUUGCUGUUGGAUCAGAUGUAGGUUUUGAGAGUAAGAGAAACGGCAAUGGUAAAUUUAAGGUUUUGACCUGUGACUACUGAGAUAUUGGAGGAAAGAUCUGAGGUUAGUUUCAGGACCUCAAGUAAGUUACUUAACUCUCUAUGUGUCCGUUUCCUUCUCUGUACAGUGACCUUAGUAAUAGUAUCCUUCUCGAUAGGGUUGCACUUAUGCAUGUAAAGCACAUAGAAUGGUGAUGCCAGCUUGUUUUAUUAUGCCAAGACAUGAAGAGUGAAUGGGCAUUAAUGAGAAGAAAACUGGAACGUUGAAGAUGUUCCAGGCAAAGGAGUAAGAUGUGGAAGGACCCAGGAACAGGAAAGAGUAAUGCAAGUUUGAGGGACUGAAAGUUCAUUAGAUCAUGAGAAAAUUUUAAACCAUAUUAAAUAUUUUGAACUUGACCCUAACGGUAAUGAUGAGCCAUUAAAUGCAAUGUUCAUAGCAAAAACAUAGAAGCAGUUUUAUUUAUUUUGUAUCUUUUCCCCCUCAACAUUUUGAGGAUUUUCACAUCAACAGAACAGUUGAAAGAAUAGUGCAAUGAAUACUAUAUAACCAUAAUGUAGCAGCACUGGUUAACUUCCUGCUGUUUGGACUCUCUCUCUCCACAUUCCCCCACACACAAUUUUUCCUCCUGAAACCUUUGAAAAUAACUUUUAGCACUGUCUCCUGAGAAUAAGGAUAUUCUAUUACAUGAUCACAAAACUGUUCCCCACCGGAGAAAGUUCUCUGUCGGGAUCUACAGACUUCUGUAAAGGGUCAAGUAGGGCAUGUUUUCAGCUUUGCGGGUGGGAUGCAGGUGGCAACCAGUCCUACCAGGGUGGUUAGUGCAGAGCAGGUGUGACGAGACCUCAGCCAGGGGUGUAGCCAUGACCUGCAAAGCCUUGUACAGAAAUAGGCCCUGUGCUCUGUGUGGUCUGCUGGGCCAUAUCAUUCAUACUUAGAUUUCUGAAUGCUUCAAAACAUAUUAUUUGUAUCUUUUUUUUUUUAACUAGAGCCAAUUUUACAUUGCAUUUGCUGUGUUGCUUUCAUUUAGAACAGUAUCUUCCCCGUACCUUUUUAUUUUCAUUGAUUUGUUUUGAAGAGCUCAUGCCUGCUGUACAUGAAGUGCAUUCUGGAUUUAUCUGGACGUUUCCUCAUUGUUCGAUUCACGUUGAACAUUUUUAGUAAAAAUGCUGCACAGAUGGGAGGGCACAAGGUCAGUUGUUUUACUGCUGCGGCUUCUAGGUUUGGUCACUGGAUUAGGUUUGUGAUAUUUUCAUUUUUCCAUUUGUAAUUAACAAGCAAUGUGUAUGGAUUCAUCGAAACGGUGAGAAAGCCCUUUUCCCAAGUGGUUCUACCCAUUUGUGGCCUUUGAUUCCAUUAUUUCACCCAGGGCUACAAUAAUAGAUUUUUUAAAUCUAUUAUUCCUGCUAUGUUAGCUGUCAAGCUUGUGUGAAACACUUUUCUCAUUUUGUACAUAUGUUCCUUUUUUAUGAAUGGUUGUCUCGGACAGAAAAGAAACACUAUUAAUUAUGGGAAAUGUACACACCCACCAAAGGGGUAUUGCUAUUUUUACUGUUACCAUUGCUACUACUGCUGCUUCUGUGGUUCUUGUUCAGGCAUUUCCAGGAGCACUCCGAGGACGCGGCCCAAGGAGAGCUCUUCAGAGUGCAGCUGGCUGAGGCCGGGAUGGCGACGGCGUGGGGCAGUGCCUCUUCCCUGGCCACCCUGAAUCUGAAGAAAGAGGAUUGCCACUCUGCCUGGGGACAGGGAUUCCAGCUGCAGGGCCUUGGGCAGGAGCCGUGGUGCAAACAGUUCAGGCAGCUGCGCUACGAAGAGACCACGGGGCCCCGCGAGGCGCUGCGCCGGCUCCGGCAGCUCUGCCGGCUGUGGCUGCGGCCCGAGACGCACAGCAAGGAGCAGAUCCUGGAGCUGCUGGUGCUGGAGCAGUUCCUGGCCAUCCUGCCCACGGAGCUGCGGGCCCGGGUGCAGGGACGGUGUCCAGAGAGCGGGGAGGAGGCGGUGGCGGUGCUGGAGGACGCGAAGAAGGACACUGGAGUCUCAGCACAGCAGGAUCUAGAGCAUGCAGAGAAACAGGAUGUACUUGUGGCGGAAACAGCCCCUCAGGAAGCAGGGUCUGCGCAGCAGGUACCACCCGUGAGUGAGCUGCCAAAGCCUGGCCCGGAGAAGGGAGAGGAGACAGGGAUUGAGAAGGGGAAGCCGGUUGCAGAGACAGACUGCAGCGAAGGAGUGGGAUCGUCUGGGAAUAGAUCUGAGUCCACAGAGGCCCAUGAUGAGGGCUUGAACUUGGAAAGGCAGCAGGCCAAGGCCGAGGAGGAGACUAACUCCAAAUGCUCCAAACGUGGGGAGGGAUUCGUCCAGCACUCACACCUGAUUAAACAUGAAAGUGCACACAAGGGAGAAAAGCUCUGUGAAUCCGAAGUGUGUCAGAGCCCCAGUCAUAGUGGACGCCACACAGUCCACUCUAGAGAGAAGGGUCAUCGGUGUCAAGAGUGUGGGAAAGCUUUUCAGAGAAGUUCACACCUUGUCAGACAUCAGAAAACCCAUCUUGGUGAGAAGCCUUAUCAGUGCAAGGAGUGCGAAAAAGUAUUUAGCCAGAAUGCCGGCCUCUUGGAACAUCUCAGAAUCCAUACUGGAGAGAGGCCUUUUCUAUGCAUCCACUGCGGAAAGAACUUCAGGCGCAGCUCUCACCUAAAUCGACACCAGAGAAUUCACAGUCAGGAGGAGCCCUGCCAGUGCGAGGAGUGUGGAAAAACCUUUAGUCAGGCCCUGCUUCUCACCCACCACCAGAGAACCCACAGCCACUCCAGAAGCCACCAGUGUAACGAGUGUGGGAAAGCCUUCACUUUGACCUCAGACCUUAUUCGACAUCACAGGAUUCACACUGGAGAAAAACCCUUCAAAUGUGAUAUAUGCCAGAAAGCCUUCCGACUAAACUCACACCUCGCUCAGCAUGUGCGAACCCACAACGAAGAAAAACCCUAUGAGUGUAAGGAGUGUGGGGAAGCCUUCAGGCAGAGGUCAGGUCUUUUUCAACAUCAAAGAUAUCACCACAAAGACAGACCACCUUGCUGAGCUGCCCAUUCUUUGCAGGACAUCAGAGAGAGCACAUUAACAAGCAAACAGCACUUGAGGAAAAGUCAUUCUAGCCAACUCUAGCAUCAGAGAAUUCUUGGGGCCAACUGGAGACCAUCUAUCCCCAUUCUCUGUUUUGUUUUUCUUGAAGUCAAUUUUGGGCCACAAUAAUUUGACCUUUGAUGACACUGUGGGUUUUUUACCGUAAGGUUUCUCAGAGCCUUUAACAUGGUGAACACAAUGAUGCAUCUCCAGGUGGCAGAGCCUCAUGAUUGAGUGAGGGCACUGAAGUCAGCAGUGAAUUAAGUGUCCAUAGAUUUACAAGCUUAAGCAAAACAAGAGCAGUUUGAUAUUUUUGUUUAUGCUACAGCAACGGAUGCCUAUAAAAUAAAACUAAUUGGUGUUUGAAAGCAUGCCACACUCAGAGGUGUCUCCAAAUGUGGGUUGAUGGUGACCAUUUCCCCACACUGGCUUUACCAACUCCCACCUUCCCCCAACCACAACCAGCAGAAGCAUUUGGGAGGCAAAGAUAAUCCAGUUUUACAUUUCCCACCCCCUUCCCUGCCAUGGUACCUCAUUGAUUCGAGGUAGAAAUUAAGGUUUCAUUUAGACUAGACAAGAGAUUCAUAAGUCAUUUGAAUGAACCAUGCUGAAUUAACCCAAGUAGCAGCUGUCUUAGGUGACAACUCCAGUACCAGUAGAGUGACUGCUGCAUAGACACGAUUCAGUAAAUGGGGAAAGGAAUUGGACUUUUUAAAUUUGAUACUGGUGAUAUGAUUUUAAAAAUGUUGCUGGUUCUAAAAUUCUUGGAAAGUCAAACAAUCAAUUCAACUUGGAGAUCAUGAUCUUUGUAUUAUGAAUACCAAAGGUCACCGUAAUGAUGAAGAGCAGUAAGCUUAGGGGAGGCCACUUCCAAACCUGUCACCAAGGUGUGGACCACCCCUUGCUGGUUGGUGGUAGCUGCUUAGCAUUGUGCUGUCUGGAGAAGGCUCCACAGUUUGUUGUGGGAACGGGAAGAUGGUGAACCAGCAUGGAUUUGCUAAGGGUUUGAUUCAGCUGCAUAUGGUUUAAAAACAAAAAGAGCAGGAGUGACUUUAUAACAGUUUGUUUUUUCUUAAAUAGAAAAGGCUGGCGACAAGCAGUCCAAGACUGGCAAGUGCUUCAGUGACAUCACUAGGGACCCUGGCCUCUGCUUUUCUGCUCCACCAUCCUAGUGCAUGCCUUCGGUCCUUAAGGUUACCGUAUGAUCUUCCAUGGCUCCUCAGUCUCCAGCCAUCAUAUGCAAAAUGUGGACAAAACACAGAGGGACAAAAGGAAGCUCCUCCCAAUUCAGUCAGCUCCCUUGGGGCAGUCUUCCCCAGAUGGCUUCAGCACUGUGUCAUAGGCCGAAACUCAGGGAAGGGAGGUUGGGAGGUGUGUCUUAUUCUGGGUUACCAUUUUCUGGAGGAGAACCAGAUCUGUAUAUGAAGCAGCAGUAACUUUAGAAAUUAAAGAAUUUCAUGGAAUGUCA